AUGAAUAUAAACAUCAGGCAGGGACAUCCCGGCGGGCGGAGACCCGGCCCGGGGUGCUGCCGGCGGCGGCCGCCCGCAGAGGCGGCGGCGGUGACGGGGCGCCCUCCCCGCCCCGAGGCCGCGGCGAUGGAGGGGGAGCGCUCUGGCGCCGGGGCACCCGCGCUCCUCCCUGCCGGCCGGGAGGGGAGGCGGGGGGGAGGAGGAGGCGGCCCGGCCGACUUCGUGGCUCUCCUCCCUCCGGAGGUCAGCUCUCGGAUUUUCAGCGACCUGGACGUUGAGAGCUUGUGCCACGCGGCCGUGACGUGCAAGGGCUGGCACCGCGUCAUCGAGAGCAACGACGGCUUGUGGAGGCACCACUGCUUGAGCGUGAGGGCUGUCUGCCAGCGGGAGAUCGACUGCGAUCGAGGAAAUGGAUAUUCCUGGAAGAUCACAUUACUGAGAAACUACUGGAAAAGCAAAGUGAAGCAAGAAUGGCUGAGCGGGAAAUACAGCAACAUUCCUUCACAAAGCAGCUUGCCAGAGAAAAGCAUGUAUCCGAUGGACGUCGACACAUGGGGAGAAAUCCUGGAAGCAGAACUUGAGAGAUGA